CACACACAGAGACACACACACACACACCCACAUUCAUACGCAUUCACACUACCUCAUGAAAAAGGAAGUUGUAGAGAAUAUAGAGAACAUACUUUGAUCUAACCAGGCGGUCCAGCUGACAUACUGUAUCUUUGGAACAGAAAGAAGGACCAUGAACUACACUGUGGGAAAUGGUUCUGGGUCGGCCUCUUGCGGCUUGAUGGAGAUCUCCGCACACCCAUUCUUCACCGUAACCUACUCCCUGGUCUUCCUGGUGGGCGUGGUUCUCAACGGCUUCACGGUGCGGGUCUACUUCUGCCGAGCCCAGCGCCACCAAUCCAGCGUGACAGUAUAUAUGCAGAACCUGGCCGCGGCAGACUUCUUCCUCAGCCUGUGUCUGCCUCUCCGCAUUGCCAACUACGCCACCCACAACUCGACCAUUAUGCGCCACGUGUACUGCAACUUUGGAGCCACGGCCUUCUACCUCAACAUGUACGCCAGCAUCCUCUUCAUGGAGUACAUCGCAGCCAACAGGUACCUGAAGAUCGUCCGUCCUCUGGAGACCCACACCCUGCAAACGGUGCGCGCUGCCCACUACAUCUCCAUGGCAACCUGGGUCACCCUUCUGGCCUCAUCAUCUGCGUACCUGACAGUAUCCCUCCUCACCACUUGGGGUGCAGAUCUCAUCCCCGGUACCAUAGGCUGUGACUCCCUCCACAGCACCCAGCUUCUACUGCUCUACAAGAUAAUCCACAGUUUCUCGGCCGCCAUCUUCCUCUUUGUUCUGUUUUCCCUCAUCUUCUUCUACUGGGGCACCAUCCUCAGGCUGCAACAGGCGCAGCUAAACCAGCAGAAACAUCCUUCCUGUGGAUCCGGAAGGAACCUCAGCCGCUCCAAGAGAAACAUGCUCGUUCUGGUCACUGUGUUCUGCGUGUGCUUUGUGCCGUACCACCUGGUGCGCCUGCCCUACACCUUCCUCCGGCCCUUCUUGCACAGGUGUUACUGGCAUCAGGCCUUCUACUACAUGAAGGAGCUGACAGUCCUGCUGUCAGUCCUCAAUGCCUGCCUGGACCCACUCAUCUACUUCAUCUUCUGUAAGACCUUCAGGGCCCAGCUGGGCAUGCAGAGGCGUCAUAGUAUAACAAUGGCACAGCCAGACAGUACAGGCCCACCGCCAGGAGCUAGGAGAAUUAGCCAGGGGAACCUGACCACCCUGCCAUGCACCCAGACAAGGACGUCAUUCAGCAUGUCGAGACGGGCCAGUGUAAUUUAGGACACACCGCACUGCCCUCCUCUGGUACAUUUUCUAUCUACUAGAAAUUAUUUGAACUUUGUAUUGGGGGAAAAAAGAUAAACUGCCUAGAAUGUCAAUACUUGUUUUGGAGGCUAAAAUGCGCUAAUUUGAUGUCUCUACUCAAUACAGAAUAUGACAUGGGUUACCUAUGGGCAUCCUUUGGUCUAGAUAGAACAUACAUUUGCCUAUUUGCCUUGUACUGCUAUUUUGCCCUGCUGAGAGCCUAGACCUAAAUUUUCCUGAUAAACUCAGACGACAGCUUGAUAUGUAACCUGUGGUUUACCUUAGUGAUUUAGACGGAGAAAUAUAUUGUUUGGCCUUGUUUCUGUCCCCAACCUCUCUAUUCAACCUACCUGCACAAACACUCUUAAUAAAUGGCUCUAGCAUUGUUGUUGUCAAAA